CGUUGUUUUGUAGCCAUCAGCAGAGAAAAGAAGAAGUCUUCUUCGUUUGAAGUAUUUUAAAUGAUUGAGCGGUGCUUUUCUUAGGGGGCAAGAUAAUGGCGUGUAAAAGUUAUACUCUUGCCGUCCUCAUGAUAUCGACCAAAUACUUAUCAAGUGUCUAUUCUGUUUCGUAUGACUAUUCAAGUUUAAGCUUUUAAACGUUCGAUGUUUCGACGGAACGUUUAAAAAACGAUGGAGGCGUCGGGGGCAGAUGGCUCCUCUCAGCAGCCGAUUGUUUUCUUCGACUUGGAGACCACUGGACUCGGUCCGACGUGCGAUCUGGUUCAGCUGGCGGCGGUGAACGGGGACCGCUCCCUCAACCUCUACACGGUCCCUCGUUGUCGAAUGGAACCGGGCGCCGCCAGGGUGACGGGCCUGAGGGUGCGCCGACACAAGCUCUACCUGCACCGCCGCGCUGUCCCCACCAGCCCCCUGCGGGAGGUGCUGCUGUGCUUCAUCGCCUUCCUGCGAGCGCUCGGACGCCCCCUGCUGGCAGGCCACAACAUCCGCCGCUUCGACUGCCGCGUGCUGGCCCGAGCCCUGGACGAGACGGGCCUGCGAACACAGUUCGAGGCGUCCGUCGCCGGCUGUGUGGACACGCUGCCCGUGGCCCGGGAGGUGCUGAAGGAUUGCGGCAUGCGCAGCUUCAAGCAGGAGUACCUGGUGAAGGAGCUGAUGGGUGUGGACUACAAGGCACACAACGCUUUGGAAGACGUGCGCUCUUUGCAGACGCUUUACUACGUGCUGCAGCCCAAGCCGGAGGUGGUGGCGCGCUACGCGUUCAGCCUGAGUGAUGUGCAAGUGGUCGCCAAGGAGGAAUUGACCGGAGGUCCCAAAGGCAAGCGUCUGCUGCCGGGACAGCGCCUCCUUUGGCAGCACCUGGAACAACCAGAGAAGGAACACUAAUGACAAAGAGGCGUAGUAGCAUCACAGAACUUAGCGUUGACCUUGUCGACCAAAUGUCAGCUUCUGAAUUGACCUCAUAUCAAGAUGAACCCUAACGGUAUUGUUUUUCUACUGCGAAAUGAACCUAAUAAAUUUUUUUAAA